GUUGCUACGUCAUCAUCAGCUCGAGAGCUCGCUUGCGCCCGUGAGCGCGCCGCUAUCUGUCACUGACUGACUGAGAGUCUCCGAAGAGACACAAAACCAAGGCUUCAGAUUCCAGAGGGUGCUAUGGCGACCUUCCAGGAGUUCAUCCAGCAGAACGAGGACCGCGACGGCGUCCGUUUCAGUUGGAACGUUUGGCCGUCCAGUCGUCUGGAAGCCACGCGUAUGGUGGUUCCAGUGGCCUCCCUGUUCACCCCGUUGAAAGAGCGACCGGAUCUUCCCCCGAUUCAGUACGAGCCGGUUCUGUGCAGCCGGGCCACGUGCCGGGCUGUGCUCAAUCCUCUGUGUCAAGUGGAUUACAGAGCAAAACUCUGGGCAUGCAACUUCUGUUAUCAGAGAAAUCAGUUCCCUCCAACUUACGCUGGGAUAUCAGAGGUCAACCAACCUGCUGAGCUUCUCCCACAGUUCUCCACUAUUGAAUAUGUUGUCCAGCGUGGUGUGCAGAUGCCUCUGAACUUCCUGUAUGUGGUGGACACAUGUAUGGAAGAUGAUGAUCUGCAGGCGCUGAAGGAGUCUCUUCAGAUGUCCCUCAGUCUGCUGCCUCCCUCUGCUCUGGUGGGCCUCAUCACGUUUGGACGCAUGGUCCAAGUUCACGAGCUGGGCUGUGAAGGCAUCUCUAAAAGCUACGUCUUCAGGGGAACCAAAGACCUCAGUGCUAAACAGCUCCAGGAGAUGCUUGGCUUGACUAAACCAGCUGCGGCGCAGGCAGGCCGAGGUCCACAACAGCCUCAGGUUCCUCCUUCAAACAGGUUUCUUCAGCCAGUACAGAAGAUAGAUAUGAAUCUGACAGAUUUGCUGGGAGAGCUGCAGAGAGACCCCUGGCCCGUCACUCAAGGCAAACGACCACUGAGAUCACUCGGAGUGGCCCUUUCCAUUGCUGUCGGUCUGUUAGAGUGCACUUACCCUAACACUGGCGCUCGCAUCAUGGCUUUCAUUGGUGGACCCGCCACUCAGGGUCCAGGCAUGGUGGUAGGAGAUGAACUGAAAACACCUAUUAGAUCCUGGCACGACAUCGAGAAAGACAAUGCCAAGUUCAUGAAGAAAGGCACUAAACACUAUGAAGCCUUGGCCAACCGUGCCGCUGCCAAUGGACACAUCGUUGAUAUUUAUGCGUGCGCUCUGGAUCAGACAGGAUUACUGGAAAUGAAGUGCUGCACCAACCAUACAGGAGGUUAUAUGGUCAUGGCGGACUCUUUCAACACAUCUCUGUUCAAGCAAACUUUCCAGAGAGUUUUCACGAAAGAUGUCCAGGGUUCCUUUAAGAUGGCACUUGCAGGGACUCUGGAGAUUAAGACUUCGAGAGAGAUAAAGAUUUCUGGGGCAAUCGGCCCGUGUGUCUCCCUGAACGCCAAAGGUCCCUGUGUGUCAGAAAACGAAAUAGGAACUGGCGGCACAAGUCAGUGGAAAAUAUGUGGACUGGACCCAAAUACCACUCUUGCAUUCUACUUUGAGGUUGUGAAUCAGCACAACGCUCCGAUCCCACAGGGUGGACGUGGAGCCAUACAGUUCGUAACACAGUAUCAGCAUUCUAGCGGACAGAGGCGGAUCAGAGUGACCACAAUUGCAAGGAACUGGGCUGAUGCUCAGACUCAGAUCCAGAGCAUCGCUGCAUCUUUUGACCAGGAGGCGGCCGCCAUCCUCAUGGCCCGCCUGGCCGUCUACAGAGCCGAGACAGAGGAGGGUCCAGAUGUUCUGCGCUGGCUGGACCGACAACUCAUCCGCUUGUGCCAGAAAUUUGGAGAUUAUCAUAAAGACGAUCCCAACUCAUUCCGCUUCUCCGAGACUUUUUCAUUGUAUCCUCAGUUUAUGUUCCAUCUGAGGAGGUCUCCAUUUCUGCAAGUGUUCAACAACAGUCCUGAUGAAAGCACCUAUUAUAGACACCAGUUUAUGAGGCAGGAUCUGACCCAAUCUCUGAUAAUGAUACAGCCCAUCCUGUAUGCAUACUCGUUCAAUGGGCCACCAGAGCCCGUGUUGCUGGACAGCAGCAGUAUCUUGCCUGACCGCAUCCUCCUCAUGGACACCUUCUUCCAGAUUCUGAUUUACCACGGAGAGACGGUGUCUCAGUGGCGUAAAGCCGGGUACCAGGACAUGCCCGAGUACGAGAACUUCCGCCACCUGCUGCAAGCUCCCGUGGAUGAUGCCCAAGAGCUUCUACACAAUCGUUUCCCCAUGCCACGCUACAUCGACACGGAGCACGGCGGCAGUCAGGCUCGUUUCCUCCUCUCCAAAGUGAAUCCUUCUCAGACUCACAACAACAUGUAUGCAUGGGGUCAGGAGUCUGGCGCACCCAUUCUGACAGACGACGUGAGUCUUCAGGUGUUUAUGGAUCAUCUGAAAAAGCUGGCAGUUUCCAGCGCUGCCUAAGAGCCUUCAAUCGUCAAUCUUUUUGUCAGUAACACACAGCCAGCAGGAUUACAUUGGCACUGCUCUCAGUUUAUUUCCCAUCUUCCAAAUAUGGAGCCCAGACCUUUAAAAAGUCAUUCGUGAAUGGAAGUUUCAUUCUUUAAUAUUUAAUUGUGACAAAAAAUGGCAAACACCGCAUCCUCAUAACACUACAUGUUGAGUAUGAAACAGAAACAAAUAUCUUGUCCUGAUGUAAUCAGAAUGAAUUUAUCUACUUAAGUGAGUGAAGUGGCUACACAGUUUUAAUUCACUCAUUCUUUACUCAAUCUCAUGCCAUUCCAAACCCAUAUUUUUUUGUCAUGGGACUUUUUUUGAAGCCAUAUGAUAACUUUCUAGUUGUCUAGUCAGCAUUUCCCUUAAAUUCACAGUCUAGUAUUUUCCUCCAAAAUUAAAAAAAAAAUGGUAUGUUGCUUACUAUACAAACAAAAAACAAUGCCGUUUUUGGUUGAUGGCUUUUUUUGCACCAUUUUUGCAAACUAGACAUGAAAUAUCUGUUUGGUCUAUCGUACGGCUUCAGAAAACCUGGAAUGAGUCAUAUCGAUUAUUUGAUUGUUUUUCUUGUGGCAGAAAUGACAGCGAUACUUUAAAUGGAGAGAAAAAAUAACAACAGCAUACGGGUUUGGAACAACAUGAGGGUGAGUAAAUAAUGAUGGGAUGUACAUUUUUUGACUGAACUCUGAUGUUUACAUGUGUGAAGCUCUGUGAUGAGACCUUUUGUUGAACGGAGGGAGUGAAUCUAGCUCUUUUUAGCACACCUGCUUCAGAUACUUUUGUUUUCCUAGUCAUGGAAGGUAAAAGCUGUGCCAAUGUAGCCAAUUAAACAUGAGAGCUCGAACGCCGCCUCUAGCCAGCAGCGCACAACAAUGGCUUAUUUUUAGAACCUGUGCGCGUCUCUCGUCUCGUUGCUAUUGAUGGUUUGUGUUUCACCACAAGGUUGAGUGGCCCGUUCCAAACACAGACUUGCGGAAUUUAUAAGCUGCCUUUCUGUCUGUCGCUCUGAUAUUUAUGAGCCAAUUCUAGCAGUAUUGUAUGUUUUGUUUCUAAUAAAACCAGCUUCAUGAUCCCA